AUGCCUUUCCCGCAAAGGUUAUCAAAAGUCGUGCUCGAUAAGCAUUUUGGGAAGUAUUCUGAGACUCUUAAGAAGGUAUAUGAUACCAUUCCUUUUUCCGAUGUUGUAAUUCAAAUGCCUCAAUUUGCAAAUUUUGUGAAAGGAAUUCUAGAUCAUAAUGAUAAGAAAUUAGAAUGUUUGGUAGUAAAGGAGAAAUGUCGUGAUCUUUUACAUGAUAGCUUACCACCUAAAUUGCAUGAUCUUGGUAGUUUUACUAUCCCUUGUAUGAUAAACGAAACAUAUUUUGAUAGGGUCUUAUGUGAUCUGGGUGCUAGUGUUAACGUAAUGCCUUCUUCAGUAUAUGACAAAUUAGGUUUGAAAAACCUUAAACCCUCUCCUAUAUCUCUUCAUAUGGUUGAUAGAACUGUUAGACUCCCUAAGGGUGUAGUUGAAGAUGUAUUAGUUGGGAUUGGUGAACUUGUUUUUCCUGUUGACUUUGUUGUAGUGGAUAUGAAAGAAGACCAUAAGAUCCCACUUAUCUUUGGUCGCCCUUUUCUUGCUACAAGUCAAGCUUUAAUAGAUGUUCCUCAAGGACAAGUGACCAUUAGAGCUCAGGAUAAGCAAGUUGUGUUUAAGCUUUUCAAUGACCAUAAUUUCACUUUUGAUGGUGGUACUUGUUUGAGAAUUAAUGCUACUAACCCUUUGGUUGAUAAGUGUGUUUCUAAUAGAUAUCUUGUGAGCAAAAAUGACUAUAUUCCACCGCAUGAUGGGUUUAGCUACAUCAAAAUGAGUUCGGAUACAAAUUAUAUCAACUCUAGUUUGAAGGAGUCAUAUACAUGUGAACACAAUUACAGACAAGACCGUAGAGAAUCCUCUCUACAUGGUGGUGAUCCAGGUUGA